UUAAUAUUAUUUUUACAUUAAUCGUUUGUUUCCAUCGAAGAACCUGAUGUUGUCGGCUGUUGUAAACAGAUUUUCAGGAAAACUUCAGAACAGGAACCUGAAGCUGAAAACAGAUUUGAUGUUAUAAUGCUGUUUGUCGAUUUUUAAUCCUGACCCAUAUUUCAUGUCAUCUAAUGGUACCUCUAGCAGCUCAUCUGAAGAUGGCCUUGGUGGAGGAGUGAUAUGGAUCAUUACCUUCUCCAGUACUACUCUGGUCUUUGCCUCAAUCAUGAUAUUUAUUUGCUGUGAUGCCUACAAGAAAUAUCACAGAAGAGUCCCAAGAGUUUAUGAUACAGCAGUUAGAGGCAAUUACCCAAGACAGGAACCAAGUACAGUAACCCAAGGCACAACAGCAAGUUCUGGAGAGACAGAGUCAGAUGGUGGCACCCUCCCCCAGAGUGGUAGAGUGGGGGAAAUAGGGGACACGCAAACAGACAAAGCUACAGGGAGCAGCACAAUUCAAAUAGGCAGUAAUGUGAGCAUGCCUUCACCAUCAAACAAAAAGUCGACUCUCCCGCCCUUGGACAGUAGGAUUUCUACAGUAUCCGAGCUGGUGCCCGAGGGGAGAGGGACCGUCAAUGCUGGGUUUACUGACAAACCACUGCCUUCCAUAGAAAACAGGUCGCCGGAAAUUGUGUUAACACCUGUGACCAGUCUCAAUCUAGGUGUUAGUAUUUAUUCCUGAGUAUUCCAUCUCGUUAAGCAUUAUUACCUGUCUAAUUAAGUUUACAAACAUGGACAGCAUAGCUUAUAUAUGCAUAACUGCAAGAGUAAUCACAAGUUAGCUUUAUAUUAGCAAAGAAUGAUCACAGAUCCCUCUUUAUGUACAUUGAAUGUGUGUAAAUGUUAGUUUUAUAUUAGCAAAAGAAGAUCAAGGAUCCCUUUGUUAGUAUGUGUGUAAAUGUUUAUGAAUAUCAAAGAGUGUGAAUUCAAAGUUUUUUGUAAAUUUUUGUAAAUUUCAAAUUUGUCAGUAUCUACCAUACAAUGCAUUUUUUGAUAAUCUUCAAAGAAACAACCUAAAACUCUACAAUAUAAAAUUGGAUUGACAAUACAACUUUAAAAAAAAAAUAUUUGAAAACAGAUCAAAUUAAAUAUUAAUAACUCCAGCACUUGAUGUUUUAUAUUUUUCUCAUAAUUAAUAAUAUUUACCCUCUACCUAAUAAUAUUGUGUAUUAUUAGGUAGAGGGCACCUUGUAUAUUUAUUAUGAGAAAAAUAUAUAACUUCAGGUGCUUGUGAUUAAGAACAAUAUUUUUUUAAAUCGAUAUAAAAUUUAAUAUAUUGCUUUUUUUAUUGCUAAUUCUCAACUUUGCAUGUGAUAAUCUACUAAUCCCACGGCCAUGAGGGUAAGAAACUGUUCUAAAAAAAAAAAAUGGGAGAUUCCGUCCGUAUGCUGCCUUUUGGGAUAGAAUUGAAUUUUUAACUCACUCCCAGUUAUAUUCCUACUAUGUGUUCCAGGUACUUACAUGAAAGACUGGGUAGGGAUCAGAAGUUGUUAGUACAUUUGUUAUCUUGUUGCAAUCUUCUAUACAUAGUUUUGUCAUUGUAAUACUGGUAGGGAAAUUAGGAUUAAUUUUUUAUUCAUUCUGAAAAGCUAUAUUGUUUUUACUCACUUCAAGAUGACAUUUUGAGGACCAUUGACAUGUAAAAAAAAUAAUAAAAUUUUGUAUUAAACAUUAUUUCAAUUUUUAUAGGAUUAUUUCAAUCUUUAUAAGAUUGACAUGCCACAUUGUUCAGAAUGAUUUUAAAGGUGCUUAUGUAAAGAUGCUUUGUGGUUUUGUUGGUUAAUUCAUAUGUAUGGUGUAUGUGCAUCCAAUAAUGUAAAUUUAACAAAGGUGAAUUUGAAUUGCAUUAGAUAUCCUUUAAUGUAAACUUAUACUAUAUAUUUAAUGGCCGUAAUCCGAUUGAGCACUUGUGUAAAAGUUUGAAAAAGUGAUAUGAUUUUUCUAAAGAAAAGAUUGAUGUCAGCAGGGCAAAAUAUGACAGAAUCGCCAGACAAUUUCGUGAAAAAUGAAGUUCUUUAGUAUUUCAGUGACCGUUAUGUCUCCAAUCAAAGGGUCAUAGAACAUGUUCUUCUAAGUUAACAUUUUUGUUGCACUGUUCUUCAUGUUUAAUUUUGUUCUUAUAUUUAAGAAGCAAUGUAUAACAAAUUAUUGACUUUGACCUUAAAGAAUAAAGUAUGCAUGUACCUUAAGUUGUACAGUAAAAUAUGUACCAUGAAGUGAUGUUUGAACAGCUCAAUUUAUAAAUGAAUGUACAAAACUGUGAAUGUUAUGAUCUAAAGAAGCAUACUGUGAUUGAAAGGAGUCUAAUUAUGUGUCGAAUAAGGAAAUGUUAAUAUAUGUACCUCUCCACCUCCUAGCUAGUCCCAGCAAAAUUAUGUGAUCUCUCUCCCUUUAUCUCUCUCUCUCCAUGUCAAAUCAUUUGUAUUCUAUAAUAUUGUUUUGUAAAAUUUAUUUUUUUAAAUGUACAAUUUACAAAGACUUAUUUGGUACGUUAUUGCAAUAGAAAUUCUCAGUUUCAAUCAGGUAUAUUGUGUAAAUUUCUGUUUCUUCUUAGGUUUAAAUUGAUAUUAAAUCUUGUGGCAUUUUUAAAUAUUGGAUCUCUUUGAAACAUACUAACAAACAAGUAAAUUGGAAGUGACUUUGACAGUAUUCUUUAUACAACAUUCCAUAUUAUAUAUAUUACAAGUAUAUUGCUUGUUUGAGCGUGUUAAAUGAAUUUAUAUAAAUUGUUAUACAUGAAUGUACAAGUAUUUGAUUAUGUACUAAUGCGAGAAGUGAAUUGUGAUAUGUGCAUGCUGAAAUAUGCUGUUUUUACUAUAUUAUUUAUUUUCUUACUUUAUAAGGAUAUUUCAUAAUGAUUUGUACAUUAAAUUAAAUCUUGUAUUUUCCAA